AUGACUUAUUUUGAUUUUUUCGACCCACAGCAAUACCAGAACCAUAACAUUCAGCGGGACCAGAGACGUCAGGAAAGAAAUACAUUUGCAGUGAGCAAUACCUUCACUGAAGAUAACAAGCCUAUCCAAGUUGUAUUUUGUAAAUACAACCCACUCCAUGUGCUUUCUGUUCGUGAUCAAAAAACCCAUGAGGAGUCAGAAUGCCCGGAUCGCUUAUGGAACCCGGGCGAGCCAAUAAUUAAAUAUAAUGAUUGA